AUGCAGAUCUUGCUCCUGUUGGCAUCUGUACUCCUUGUGGUGGUCAUCGCCUCGAUGACAGUGUUAUGCAUUCGACGCUUGUACUUCCACCCUCUUUCGAAAUAUCCUGGACCAUUCCUGGCCAGAGUCACCGACCUGUACGCUGCCUACCAUGCCUGGAAGGGCGAUAUUCACGUUGACAUGUGGAGGCAACAUGAACGCUACGGGCCUUGCGUUCGAUAUGCCCCAAACAGACUGAAUCUCAACACCACUGGUGCGCUCAAAGAUAUUUACUCCGGCAACACGAAUUUCCAGAAGAGCCCGAACUACCGCGUUCUCCGUCACGGUGCGGCAAACACUUUGACCAUGGUGAACAGACAAGAGCAUGCUCGUCGGCGCCGUAUUGUCUCUCAGGGCUUGUCGGAUGCUGCUCUGCGCUCUCACGAACCAACAUUACUGGCGCACAUCAAAAAGUGUUUCGCGUUGAUCACUGAUGCGGAUUUUGUGAGCCAAGUCCAGCCACAAAUUACCGAGAAAGAACGGCAGAAAGGCUGGACACAGUCGAUGAACAUGUCGGAUUGGUUCAAUUGGCUUACAUUUGAUAUCAUGGGCGACGUCGUUUUUGGCAUAGGCUAUGAUUUGCUCGCAUCGCCUCAGAAUCGCGCCAUCCCAAGAGCCAUUGAAGAAUCCAACGUGCGCAUGAGUGUCUUAUUGCAAAGCCCCGUCAUUAUUCACAUCGGUCGAAUCGAUCGAUUUCUGUUUCCCAAGGCCAUCGCAGCACGAAACCAGUUCCUACACUUUGUCAGUGGUCUUGUGCGUCGUGUUUUGGGGACCGAGUGCAGCUUGCAGACGCGCACCGUCGUUUCAGCUCUGAAGUCAGCAAGUGACCCCAUCACGGGCGAUGCACUCUCCAUGAAAGAGAUCCUGGCAGAGAGUACCACUCUGUGCGUUGCCGGCGCCGACACGACUUCUACCGCUCUGGCAGCCACCUUUUUCUACCUCGCAAGCACGCCUCGUGCCUACAGCCGCCUGCAGCAGGAAGUGCGCCAGGCUUUUGCCUCAUCCGACGAGAUUCGCAGUGGACCAACCUUGGGCAAGCUCACCUAUCUCCGAGCGUGCAUUGAAGAAGCCCUGCGCAUGUCUCCGCCAGCAGGGUCAUCAUUGUCUCGGGAAAUUCUGGCCGGCGACGCCGCCGUGGAUGGUCAGCUGCUGCCUGCAGGCACGGAGGCUGGUGUGCCAAUUUAUGCCAUCCAUCACAAUGCAAAAUACUUCCCGGACCCUUUCAAGUACCGUCCUGAGCGCUGGCUGCGUAGCGAACGCAGCACUAUGGGACCAAGCGUAGACGAUGCUCGCGCAGCCUUUUGCCCUUUCUCUGUUGGCACUCGAAGUUGUGUCGGCAAAGGAAUGGCUAUGAUGGAACUCAGCUUGACAGUUGCUUACGCAAUGUACACGCUUGACUUCGCUCUAACGAGCGAGAAUGACUCCCUGAAAGGCUGGGGACUCCCGGGCGAGUUCCCGCUGGCAGAUCAUAUCACCGGCUCAAAGAAGUAG